AUGACUGGGCCAGCAAGCCUAUCUGAGCCGUCGAGCUCAAGUGAGAAGAAAGACGAAGGCCCAUAUCAUAUACUCUCAACACGUCAAAAAUGGAAUCUUAUCAUCUUCGUGUCCAUGGCGGCCUCGUUCUCGCCCUUGUCAUCCAACAUCUACUUCCCGGCCAUGGAUACCAUAUCGCAUGACCUUGGAGUAAGUUCAAGUCUCACGGCCCUGACAAUCACUGUCUACAUGGUUAUUCAAGGGAUUGCGCCCUUGCUCCUCGGCUCCUUUUCAGAAAGCAAAGGCCGCCGUUUGUCAUUCGUGGUGACCCUCAGCGUCUACACCGCGGCCAAUCUCGCACUGUCAUUCACGACGAACUAUCCUAUGCUUCUGGUGUUACGGGGUCUUCAGGCUGGAGGAUCCGCCGCUACCAUCAGCAUCAGCGCUGGAGUCAUCGCCGAUAUCGCCUGUCCUGAGGAGCGAGGCAGAUUCAUGGGAACCAAUGCGGGGAUCCGUAUGACCGCUCAGGCCAUUGGCCCCAUUAUCGGCGGUGCUCUAAACACUCGCUGGGGGUUUCGAAGUAUCUUCUGGCUUCUCUUCAUCCUCAGCGCGGUGGUACUGAGUGCGCUGUUGGUCUUUCUUCCAGAGACCAAGCGCACAAUAGCAGGCAAUGGCUCGGUUGAAGUGUCCGGAUUCCAGAAACCUUUCAUCUAUUACUUGAAGCCUCCAUCGGUAUGGGUGAAAAGCUCGCAAGCAAAGCAGAGGACGCAAUCUUCACCGAUCACCUUUCGAAAAGCUUUUAGUCCCUUGGUGUUCCUUUUCGAGAAGGACAUUGCGGCCAUUCUGGCCUGGGGUGCCGUUGCGUAUACGGCAUGGAGCAUGGUGACAUCCUCCACUACGUCGAUGCUGCUGCACGGCUUCCCGCACUUAACCCAGUGGCAGAUCGGGCUCUGCUUCCUACCCAACGGAUUCGGUUGCAUCCUGAGCUCGCUCAGUACAGGUUGGCUUCUGGACCGGAGUUAUAAGAAUGCCCUCGCCCGACACAGGAUGGAGAAAGGCAUUUCGGAGGAAGACGAUAUCGAUCACCAUCGCGACUUCCCAUACAUCCAAGCUCGUCUCCGUCUCAUGCCCCUCUUCAGCAUCGUGCUGACCAUCUGUCUCGCUCUAUACGGACCAAGCUUCGAAUUCAACGAUCUGAGAGAACACUUUGGGCCAACUUUAGCCGCUCCGCUCAUUCUUCAGUUUCUGAUCGCCUUCUCAGCGACGGCAAUUUUCAACAUCAAUUCCACUGUGCUCAUCGACUGCUUCCCAGAGCGACCCGCGAGUGCAACUGCACUCAACAACCUUUGCCGAUGUCUUCUCGGGGCGGCCGGUGUCAGCGUAAUUCAACCGCUCAUCGGCGCACUCAAAGCAAUGAAAGCUUUCUGCAUUGUCAGCGGGAUUGUUCUUCUGCUGACGCCAUUGAUCUGGCUGGAGUGGAAAUGGGGCGAGAAAUGGAGGCAGGAAAGAGACACUCGGCGUGCUCAAUCCUGCGAAGCCUGA